GACAGCAAGCACACCGCCUCUGUCCUCUCCUCGGCUGCUGCUAAAACAGGGAGGAAAUCUCCCCUGGACUGGAGGGCCCCUUUCUUGGGAUGAGCUUGGUCAUCUUACACUCAACACCUCCUUCUCCUAUACCAUCCUACUGUAACCAGCAGUUCACUGAACCCAUUUGGCACCCACCAUGGAGUUGGAUAAUUUAGCUGAUGGAGAAGAUGCGCACAUGUUAAAAGGCAGCAUUUCAGAGAGCCUGAAUACGGACAGACUAAACAUGGAGGAAGGGUAUGAAGCAGAAGAACCAGCUCUUGAAGAACGGGAAAAGUUUCUGUCACAUGUGGUUGCCCAGAAAUCAAACUUCACUGAUUUCGAAGGGAAGACGUCAUUUGGCAUGUCUGUGUUUAACCUCAGCAAUGCGAUUAUGGGCAGCGGGAUUCUAGGCCUGGCCUAUGCCAUGGCUAACACAGGCAUCAUUCUCUUUUUAAUCCUUCUGAUCUCCAUCGCUCUACUGUCUUGUUACUCCAUCCACCUGCUUCUCAAGUGCUCUGGAGUUGUGGGAAUUCGGGCUUAUGAGCAGCUAGGAUUUAGGGCAUUUGGCACUGGUGGGAAGAUUCUGGCAGCAACGAUUAUAACAAUGCACAAUGUGGGAGCAAUGUCCAGUUAUUUGUACAUCAUCAAAUCUGAACUGCCACUUGUUAUCCAAACCUUCAUGGGCCUGACCAGUAACUCUGGGGCCUGGUAUAUGAAUGGCAACUACCUCAUCAUUAUAGUCAGUGUCCUCAUCAUUCUUCCUCUGGCUCUUAUGAAACAUCUAGGAUACUUGGGAUACACCAGUGGUUUCUCCCUCACUUGCAUGGUCUUCUUUUUGUGUUCGGUUAUAUACAAAUACUCUAUAAUUCCUUGCCCGCUGAACACCACAACUACAGAAGGCCUCUACACCAAUGGAAACAAUGUAACAGAGAAGUGGGAGGAUAAAGACAUUUGCACAGCUAAACUGUUCACAGUCAAUUCUCAGACAGCUUAUUCCAUCCCAAUUGUGGCUUUUGCCUUUGUGUGCCAUCCUGAGGUUCUGCCCAUAUACACAGAGCUACGCAGGGCUACCAAGUCACGAAUGCAGAAUGUGGCCAACGUCUCCAUCUUUGCCAUGUUUAUCAUGUACCUGAUAACUGCUGUCUUUGGCUACUUAACCUUUUCUGAUUCUGUGGAAUCUGAGAUGUUACACACUUACAUCAAGGUGGAUCCCCUGGACAAGCUCAUGCUCUGUGUACGUCUUGCUGUUUUGGUGGCUGUCACACUUACUGUACCUGUUGUUCUGUUUCCAAUUCGUAGAGCUAUCCAGCAACUUCUUUGUCCAAAAGCAGCAUUUAAGUGGUGGCGUCAUAUUCUUAUAGCUGUGGUGUUGCUUAUUGCUGUUAAUUUUCUCGUCAUCUUCGUCCCCAACAUCAAGGAUAUUUUUGGAGUUAUUGGAGCCACAUCAGCCCCCAGCCUUAUCUUCAUCCUGCCAAGCAUUUUCUACAUCCGCAUCGUCCCCAAUGAUAAGGAACCACUCCGGUCACGUCCCAAAAUACAGGCUGCUGUGUUUGCCUUUCUGGGAUUCAUUUUCAUGAUAACGAGCCUGAGUUUCAUCAUAGUCGACUGGGUGACGACAGGAAAGAGCAACGUUGGGGGGCACUAACCAAACCCACCCUCCUCUCCCUCUAAAUAUGAACAUUAGGACAUCUCUCCUAGGGACCCAUAUAUCCAAAGUGAUGCAGAAGCACCUCUGCAAGUGGAAGGAACAAUCUUUAUUUAAACCUGAGAGCCAAAGGACCCAAAUAAACUAAAUGAGGGGAGAAGGGCCUCCUCAAGUAACAGCACAAGAUAAAGCCAUAUGUGCCCAAACAGACUCCGGGGGUGGAGUCACACUGUUCUCAUGCUUCCCUCUCACAUGACCCUCUGACACUACAGGGAUGCAAAACUCUAUAUUACCUUAUAACAGGCCCUAUCUGUCUGUCCUUGGAGAAGGCACUAGGUUGGACAUUAACCCCAAGCACCUGUGGUUGUGUCCCUCACCUCUGCAGCCUGAGUGUUACCAAAACUUCAUUGAAUCACAGUGUAUCUACCUCACUAUGCCCCCUCCAAGAGAGGGCACGAGUGUGUGCUGCACUCAGGGGGAUAGUUAAUCGCUCUCUUUAAGAGGACACUAGAGCAGCAACACAAUAAAAGGCAUGCUAUAUCAUCUAUCCCUACAUAUCACAACAGCAUUUUCAUUUCUACUAUUUGAAAAUAUGUGUGCUGGUGUGCAACGUGGCUCACUACUCAACCCACAUCCCCGCAGCUGGAAACACAAUUCAACAAGACUAAUCAUUAGUGAAGGCACCAGUUCUUUUAUAAUCAACUGUAACUUCUCUGUAGUCACACAACUAUAGUAUAUGUAGUCUACAGUGCAGAGUUUUACGUGUAUUUGGCUCAUAGUUCACUUAAGCCCCACCCUCUGGGAAGUUGGCAUCAGAUCUUCCUCAACCCUUUCCUCCUGAUCACUGUGAAUUCAUUGGGAUUUCCAAUGCUUUGGUGCUGGAUCGUGCCAAAUAGCGCAGCGCCCUCCAGUUUUACACACUCCACAAACAUACUAUGCUGUGAGGGCAAGAUCCCAGACUGUUACAAAGGCCACAAAAAGCAAUGUGUAAAUGUAGAAUGUAUGCAGAAAAGAGGUAAAUAAAUAAUUUUAUGUGAAA